AAACUUGCAGAAGACGGAAAAGUCAUGGCAAGAAGAGAAAAUUGCAAAAUUGUUUAGGAAGGAAGGCAGCUGAGCUACAGGCAGACACUGGUUCUGGAAGAUUUGUGAAAAUCAGACGUUAUUCGUUUAAGUAGACAAAUAUUUAACGACCGUUGGAAUGGACCAGCUCAGUUGUUACUGCAGUAACUAGAAAUUUAUUAACCCUCCAGCGUGACAGAAAAGUGGAUCUGAAAGGUAAACAAGAGUUUGAAGAUGAGCAAAAAGCCGCCUGUUCGUCCAGGAAUCACGUUUGAGGUUGGCGCGCGAGUUGAAGCCCAGGACUACUUGCAAAAAUGGUAUCCCUCGCGCAUUGAGAAGAUAGACUACGAGCGGGGGAAGAUGCUCGUCCACUUUGACCGCUGGAGCCACCGAUACGAUGAGUGGAUCUUCUGGGACAGCGACCGCCUGCGACCUCUCGAGAAACCAAUGUCUCAUAAAGUGGGACAAAAUGACAAGGAAGAAGCAUCUGAGAGUCUCAGCGAGAUAACAGCAUCUCGCUUUGAUGAGCUUCCUGGGAGUUCAGAGAGCACAGAAGACCAAACCGAAUUACAGCAACGACAAAAUUUCAAAGAUGGUGAAGAGGUAUUGGCUCGAUGGACAGACUGCCGUUACUAUCCUGCCAAGAUAGAAACCAUACAUGACGAUGGAACUUAUACUGUGCAAUUUUAUGAUGGAGUUAUUCGGUGUGUGAAAAGGAUACAUAUAAAAUCUAUGCCAGAAGAUGCUAAAGGACAGGAUUGGAUUGCCUUAGUUAAAGCAGCAACAGACGCUGCUAAGGGCAAAGGAGGUAGCAGGCCGCGUACCACUGCCAACAGCAAGGCCAAGGAGACCAGGAAAACGGGGGCCGUGACUGGGAGGUGUGAAAGCGAGGCUGAGGACGACCUGGAAAUCGUGGAGGACCCAGCGCCCGAUGCUGGGAAAUCUGUGGCUCUGACUGCUGUUGUUGAAGAUUCAAGUCUGUCCCAGGAGAAACUUGAAAUGCCAAAAACAAAAAGGAGAAAAACUAGGCAGAGGAGUUCAUUCUUUACAAGGAGACCUCGUCACCGGAAAAAGACAGCCUCAAAAGCAACAAGUGAAGAAUCACCACAGUGCAAAGAAGAACAGAAAGGCCAGGCAGCAUUGCCUGAUGGUUUCUAUAGCCCCUUGGAUGGAGCACAUGAACCGAAGUCACCAGCUGGCAGUGCUCAGUGCCCAGCUGCCCAGGGGCAUGUUUCCCGCCUUCCGAGUCCUCCUGUGUCAAGAGAAAUAGAGCUGAAGCAGGACUCUGUGGAAUCGGACAGGAGUCAGACUCAGACCAGCCUCUCUGCUGGGCCAGGAUAUAUGGAACGGGAAGCCGUAUCUGGUUCCCCCGACUCACUGGUUCAGCAGGGAGGUCCAGUUGCCACAGUUCCUGACGCACGUCGGACCUCAGAGAGCAGGAGACGCUCUCAGCGACUUGCACCGUUUACACCCAGCAUCUCCUUCAGACAGACUUGCACAAGCCCACCCUCCCAGGAGGAGGGAUGCCAAGAGCCCAAACACUGUCAGGCCAGUUCUGCUGAGUCAGAAUCCCAAGGCCCAUCCUUUAUGCAGCGGUGUACCUCACCCCCCCAUGACCCUGGUGUGCAUUUGCCAUCAGAAGCUUCCUCACCCUCAGCAUUGCCAUUCCCCCCACAUCAGCUUCCAAUUGCCACGUGUGAUAAAAGUACGGAUGCAGAUGUUUCCAACCAUGUUAUUCCUGAAGAACAGACUGCCUCACUGACAGCAGAUUCUGGUCUAAAGGUAGCAGCCAGGACUCUGAAGCCAAACAAACAUACCAGAGAGCCAAUAAUAAACAUGAAGAGAUCUGAUGGCUCCACAUCUCCGAAAGAGCUCCUCAUGGACUUAGACCACAACAAGUUCAGGUGUAGGAUUCCAGGCUGCGGCAAGGCCUUUCGCAAAGCCAAGCUCCUUGACUAUCACCUUAAAUACUACCACAAUGCUGAUAAGGAGGCAGAGUCAGAGGCGGGCUCUCCUGAGGGGGCAGGCCGUGCCAGGGCUGCCUCUGCAUCCAUGCCCACCUCCAGUCUGCUGGAUCCUGUGGGCAGUAAGCGGCGCAGGACGGUUUCCAGCUCUUCCUCUCUAUCCCCUCAGGGCUCUACCUUUCAGUUUGACUCUUCAGAGAGCUAUUCAAAACCACCUAAAUUCAGGCUGAUCAAGACAGAAAAGAAAAUCAAGCUGGAGGAAAUUCAAACUAUUGGAAAAAGGAAAGACAAGGAUAAGGAGCGGAAAGAUAAAAAGGAGAAGUUCCCCUUUAGAAUUAAACAAAAGAAAAAGAAGAAGAAAAAAAAGAAAUCAAAACAGCACAUUUAUGAAGAUUUUGAGGACGUGUCUCUGGCCUACAUGAGGAGAUGCUCCUCACCUCUGAAUCACUCCUGCAGCACAUCGUUUCGACUGCACAGCACCCCCAGGCACACACCCUUUCAGUACCCUAGAGCUAUCCUCUCUGUGGACCUCACAGGGGAGAACCUGUCCGACAUGGACUCGCUUGCUGAUUCCACCACUGAGAGUGCCCUACUGAGCGGGGACGAGUACAGGGCUGCAGACAGCUCCGAUCUGGAGCCCGCCAUGGCAGAGGAGGAGGAAUAUGCUGGAGACAUUGUGCGCUGUAUUUGUGAAAUGGAUGAAGAGAAUGGCUUCAUGAUCCAGUGUGAGGAGUGCAUGUGCUGGCAGCACAGUGUGUGUAUGGGAUUGCUAGAGGACUGCAUCCCUGACCAGUAUGUCUGCUAUGUGUGCCAGGACCCCCCAGGUCAACGGCUAAGUGCCAAAUACCGCCAUGAUAAAGAUUGGAUGACCAAGGGUCACAUGUAUGGCUUGUCCUUCCUCGCGGAGAACUACUCACACAGCAAUGCCGAGAAGAUCGUUUCCACACAUCAACUGAUGGCUGACGUGUACAGUGUGAGCAAGGUGCUGCAUGGCCUGCAUCUCAAAAUGGAUAUAUUGCAGAACAAACACAAUCCAAACUUGCACUUAUGGACAAGAUCAUGGGUGCGCUCUGGUGAGGACUCGGUGAUGGAUGGACUGCAGGACCAUGUCCACCUCCAAGCCCCAAGUGCCCACAUGGACACCUACAUCACCAGCGAGCAUAGCUAUCAGAAGCCCCCAGGACCUGGGCCGAGGUGCGAUAGGGAUGCAGGGAUGUGGCCAGGCCAGGGAGCACUGUUGCCAGCCGAGCUCAUACCACAUAUGGUGUCACAUACAGUGCAAUCAGUGGUGAAGGAGGAAGAGGAGUUGACAGUGAUUAGUGUCCCUGGCUUCCUGAAUGAAAACUUCUCAGAAGACUCCACAGGUCAGGUGCAAAACUGCCUUCAGUGGCAGCUCAACCUGUUGGCCCACAUUGAGGAUGUUCAGAGCCAACUGGCUGGCAGAAUGGACCUCAUUGAGAAGGAACUCGAUGUCCUCGAAAGCUGGCUAGACUUCACUGGAGAACUGGAACCUCCUGAUCCUCUUGCCAGGCUGCCCCAGCUGAAGCGCAGGGUCAAGCAGCUCCUAACGGACCUGGAGAAGGUGCAGCAGAUUAGUGCCCUCUGUUCAGUUUGACCAUUGAGCUUGGGCCCUGGAACCUGACUUCUGGAAUCUGGGCCCUUAAUCGUUGGCCCAAGUGAGGUGCUGCAGACUGCUGUACUCUUAAUGACAGCACCAUGGGCAGUCUUCGUCCACCCAAGGUGCUUUCACGUGGACAGAGGUGUCAACUUGUUUUUCAGUUUCUCACACUUGGGCAGAGUGUGUUGAGACCACAGACAAAAGAAAAGUCAUGUUCCUGUUGGAUCCUUGUUUGGAAUACAACAGAGAAGAGGGGUCAAAGGGGUCAGUAUUACUGUACACCCUUAUGGGUCUAGACUAGACCUGCAAGGGAGACGAAAGUCUUGCCCAGUUUGGAGUGAAAUAUUUAUAGAUUCAUUUAUAUUGUAUAAGUCACAAGAAAAUAACUGCCUGCAGGAUUAAAAAGCUAGAACAAUCAUUUUCUUAUAAAUACACCCUUUUAAGUGACACAUAUAGUGUGUCCAUCAAACGUCAAUGACGGGCCACGUUCACAAACAUCCACUUGUUCUGCAUGGCUUAUAAAGAGAUGAGUUGCAAUUAAGAAUACUGAUAGAGAAGGAAGAUAUCUGAAGUGAGUGUCACUUCUACAAAUUAAAAUAAUCUUUUCCUUAACAUAGUUAAAAAUGUUAAAAUAUUUGGGCCCUAGACUGGGUAAUUGAAUGAAAAAACAUUAUCAUCGUACAGAUAAUUACUAGCUCAUGCCCGCCUUCCUUCCUUAUGGUCAAACAGGUGAUUUAUUUUAAAUGGCAUUUGGAGUAUCAGUACAUAUUUUAAUAGUGACUUAAGUUUUUAUUCAAUGUGCCAAGUAACAUGAGUACAGAAGACGUACAGCUGCAAGUUCUUAUAUGUAGCAGUGAGCAUGAAUGUUGGGUUCAAAGUG